AUACUGGGCGUGCUGGGCAACGGGGCCGUCAUCUGGGUGACGGGCGUGGAGAUGAAGCGCACGGUGAACACCGUCUGGUUCCUCAACCUCGCCGUGGCCGACCUGCUGUGCUGCCUGGCGCUGCCCUUCCUGGCCAUGCCCCUCAUCCGCGACCACCACUGGGCGCUGGGCAGCUUCCCCUGCAAGCUCCUGCCGUCCCUCACCAUCCUCAACAUGUUCGCCAGCGUCUUCGUCCUCACGGCCAUCAGCGCCGACCGCUGCGCCCUGGUGACCCUGCCCAUCUGGUGCCAGAACCACCGCUCGGCGCGGCUGGCCUGGGCCGUGUGCGGGGCGGCCUGGCUGCUGUCGCUGCUCCUC